AUGGCGCAUGUAGAACCUGCAAACAUGGACAUGAGUCCGUAUCAAGCCGAAAGCGGGCCCAGAAAACCUCGCAUUCUUCUUGCAGCCAGUGGAAGUGUAGCGGCCAUAAAAUUCUCUAACCUCUGCCAUAGUUUUUCCGAGUGGGCUGAAGUUAAAGCAGUUGCUACUAAAGCAUCACUACAUUUUGUGGACAGGGUUUCACUUCCCAAGGAUGUCAUUCUUUACACCGACGAGGAUGAAUGGUCGACUUGGAAGAAAAUAGGCGACACUGUGCUUCACAUUGAGCUGCGAAAAUGGGCCGAUAUAAUGGUCAUUGCACCUUUAUCAGCUAACACACUUGCUAAGAUUGCUGGGGGCUUUUGUGAUAACCUGCUUACGUGCAUUGUUCGGGCAUGGGACUACAGUAAGCCGAUGUUUGUGGCUCCAGCCAUGAACACCUUCAUGUGGAACAACCCUUUCACCGAACGACACUUAAUGGCCAUUGAUGAUCUCGGAAUCUCUCUCAUUCCACCUGUGAGAAAGAGGCUUGCUUGUGGGGAUUAUGGUAAUGGGGCAAUGGCCGAGCCUUCGCUGAUAUAUUCUACCGUGAGGAUUUUCUUCGAAACUCGAGAACAGUCAAGUGGUGCCAGUGUUUAG